AUGAAGGAUAAGCGGUUGACCUCGGUCAUAAAGGAGUUCGAUACAUUCACUACAACUCCCAGUGAGUCGGUUGCCUUGGCCUCCAACAGAUAUCGAAUCAUCGUCAACAACAUGACAACUCAUGGAAUUAUUGGAACUCCUCUGGAAUACAAUCUCAAAUUCAUCAAUAGUCUUAUUAAAGGAUGGGGAAAUAUGAAAUCGUGUCUUCAGAGUAAUGGAUCUCUGAAGAAUCUAGAGCUUUACCAAUUGUUUGAUGAACUUCAAGGACAUGAAUCAAAUGUUGCUCAAACAUUGAGAGAACUCUCAGGAGGUCCACUUGCUCUUAACUCCACAAGUUCUCCUUCAAUCUCGUUUUCUUCCUCGCUCUUUUAUAAACAGAUGACUGGUAUGAUGAGCGGGGAAAAUCGAUUCAGCAAAGAAGGAAAAGAUGGAUCAUAUUUAAUGGAGAAAGCAAUAGAAGCAGCAAGUGACUGA